AUGCUGCUGGUGAAGCAACACGUCGAGCGGGACCUGUCUGGUUACGUCACUCUGCGCCCGCAAGAGGACGAGGACAUGUGGCACGCCUACAACCUCAUACAACACGGCGACGAAUUAUGCGCCUCGGCCGUCCGAAGGGUCACCACCGAAUCCUCGACGGGAUCGACGACGUCGCAGCGCGUGCACCUCAAGCUGACCAUCGUCGUCGAGAAGGUGCUCUAUUCGGCUCUGGCUGCGGGAGGCGAGAGUGGCAGUGCAGCCGCCGACUCGUCGAGUGCAGCUGGCACAUCGACGCGUGGAGCACCAUCACCUGAACAGCUGACGACGGCAGCUACGACGGGCACAGGCGGUGGCUCACAUUCAGCGACGCUGCACGUCUCGGGCAAGGUCUCGUCCGAGAACCCUCAUGUCAAAAAGGGCGCGUUCCAUACGUUGGAUCUGGAGAUCGGUCGCGAUUUCACCAUCAUUAAACAACAGGGGGAAUGGGAUUCGGUCGCAAGGGAUAGGGUGGCCGAAGUAACCGAGCCGGGGAGAGGAGCCGAGGUCGGCGCGAUCGUUUGCGGUGAAGGUGAGAGGCAACUUCGGCGUCAGAUCCGAGGUUGGGCGGUGAAUGUAAUAAAAUUGAAGUGUUGGUGAUGCCCCUAGGUAUUGCCAACAUUUGCGUCAUAACGAACCACACGACCAUCAUCCGACAACGAAUCGACGUCGCCGUGCCGAGGAAACGGAAAGGUGGGGGGACCGCCCUGGGAGCAGACAAGGUGUGUGAGAGCCGCUCUAUAUGGAGAAACAAUUCCAAGGACUGAGUUUGUAAUUCUUAGGCCCACAAUCGCUUCAAUCAACAAGUCUACGCCGCCGUCGUACGGCAUUUCGAUUUCGACACCAUCAAGGUGCUCAUCCUCGCCUCGCCCGGCUUUACCAAGGAGUCCGUCUACGCUUAUAUUAUGGAAGAGGCUGUGGUCAGUCAUUAAAAGGUGCACGCGUCAACGAAUCAAAGUGUUUUGAUUGCAUUGUAAUUGGCUCUCUUUACCAGCGGCAAGGGAACAAGACACUGCUGCAGGCCAAAUCGAAAUUUCUGCUCCUGCAUUCGCCCUCGCACCACGUCCACUCGCUUGCGCACAUCCUGUCCAGUCCCGAGGUCAGUUUGGUAUUAGGGCUCUCUUUUACGUGCAGGAGUGCUGCAUUUGAUGACGUAUCUUUGUCUCCUGUGCACCCCCUCUUCAGAUCUCCUCACAACUUAAAGACACCAAGUUCGCUCAGGAGGGUCUGAUGCUCGAAAAGUGAGCGGACAGGUCGACCUUACCAUGACCCACGCAGAGUGCAGGGCUAGGACUGACGACAAAACGUUUGUCUCACAGAUUCUUCAAAAUGCUUGAUGAGAACCCGCUGAGGGCUUGGUAUGGCGAGGACCACGUCUUCAAGGCCGCAGAUCGGGGCGCGAUUGGGAAGCUGUUGAUCUCGGAUGAGAUUUUCAGGUGCGUUCCGACCGAAUCCGACCUGUUGUAGUGGACAAACUGAUCAUUCAGAGGAAUCGAUCUCUCCUCCGAGUGACAGGUCUCCUAUCCCCGCUCGAAGGAAACGGUUCGUUCGCUUGGUCGAAAGCGUCAAGGCCUAUGGGGGCGAAGUACUGAUCUUUUCGAGUAUGCACGAGUCGGGACAACGCAAGUCGUGUCGUCGCUCGAGAGUCGGAUCCAAAGAAGCCUGGGACUGAUUUUGUCUCGGGGUGUUUCUUUUGCCGCAGAAUUGAAUCAGUUGACGGGUAUUGCGGCAUUAUUAACGUACCCUUUGGAUGUCGAGGAUGUACUGGAAGAGGAGAGGGUCGAAGCGGAGGAGGCAGAGAGAAAGCAAGAGGAAGAAGAGGGAGAUGAGCAAGUGGAGCGAUGA